CCCCAAGUGAUCAAAGUGUACAUCCAUGUCCAAUCUGUGGGGGUAGAUAGCCUCAAGCAGCAACUACAACACAGGAAGCUUUCGGAACCUCAGGAUGACUGUGAAGCUGCUCUGUCUCUCCCUACUGCUGGCUUUACCUUUUCUGAGCUGGGCUAAAAAACAAACAUGUCAGAUAUCUGCCUCCAAUUGUAAUGAGUGCAUCCAGUCUGGCCCGGAGUGCGCUUGGUGCAACGCCCCUUAUGCUCAUACUCACUGUCAUACUUUGAGGGGGCUCCAGAGACAAGGCUGUCCUGAACACCACAUAUACAACCCUCGGGGUGGGAUGCAGGUUGUUAGGAAUGACAGCAGCACUGAGCCAGUAAUUGCCCAGGCUCUGCUCCUCCAGCCCCAGGAGUUGUCCCUCCAUUUGAGGCCAGGUGUGAGCCAGUCUUUCCCUCUCACUAUCACCAUGCCUACAGACCAGCCAAUCACAGAACUGACUAUGGACACCAGCCCUGUGCCUGCAGGGGUGAACAUCACAUUUAGCAGUAUCAUGGAGGGAAACCCCCUGGUUACACAGGUGAGCGUGGAGGCUGCCCAGUGUCACAGUGGGAGUGACAACUCAAACCAGGACAGUACUGGGCCCUGGUCUGUUCACAUCACACCCAGAGGCUUUUCACUAAGUGUGAAGUUAGAGAUCUCUUUGGAAUGUCAGUGUGACUGCAUGAAAAGCCGUGAGGAAAACAGCCCCAUCUGCUCUGGCAAUGGGGCUCUGGUGUGUGGCCAGUGUGAGUGCUCCAAGCCGAACAUAGGACAAUAUUGCCAGCGUGAAUCUGAUUCUAUUUUUCUAUCAAAUGAAGACCGUUGUCGCUCAGGCCCGAACGCCAUUGUUUGCAGUGGUAGAGGGGAGUGUGAGGACGGCUACUGUAUAUGUAAUAAGCGGACAAACCCAGAAGAAAGAAUCACUGGACAAUACUGCGAGUGCACAAACUAUGACUGUCCGUACGCCAACGCCAGAAUAUGUGGAGGCCACGGGAAGUGUGUGUGUGGACAGUGUGUUUGUGAUUACGACUGGACAGGUGAAGACUGCACCUGCUCCAUGGACAUCGCUUCCUGUAUGGCAACAAACCAGAAGAUUUGUAACUGGCAGGGGAACUGUCAGUGUGGGGUCUGUCAAUGUCCAUACCCAUACGGUGGCCCAACCUGCGAGACCUGCUUUGGAUGUUAGCAGGUGAAGGACAAAGUGCGGCCACCUCAUUGAUGAUGAUGGAGACCAAUGGUGAUCUGCCUGAACAACUCAAUCUUGUAAAACAAGGAGCUGUGACACGUUCUGCUUCUUCUACCACACUUUCUCCCACAAGACAAUUGAGAUGAAAUGUCCUCUGUGUUCAGUUUUUAAGUUCCCUAAAUAUUUAGUUCUAAUGUUUUAAUUCUGAAUUCAUAAACUUUGAAUUAUUUUAAGUAAAUACAAUCUUUUACAGCUUUACUAACAUUGUAAUAAUACACCUUUAUUACAUUUUGGGCUA